GUGACGCGCAUCCUUAAGCGAGCCACCUGCAGCGCGGGACGCGCCGCUCCUCCGCUCCGGGCGGCAGCGUAGGGCUGGGCCGGUGCGGCCUGGGGACCCGGGGCUCCGGAGGCCAUGCCGGCGUUGGCGCGCCGCGGCGGCCGGCUGCCGCUGCUCGCUGUGUUUUCAAUAAUGAUAUUUGAGACCAUUACAAAUCAAGAUCUGCCUGUGAUCAAGUGUGUGUUAAUCAAUCAUAAGAAUAAUGAUUCAUCAGCGGGGAAGUCAUCAUCGCAUUCCACGGUGCCAGAAUCCCUGGAAGACCUCGGGUGUACAUUGAGACCUGAUCGCGCAGGGGUGGUGUAUGAAGCCACCACUGUGGAGGUGGACAUGUCUGCGUCCAUCACACUGCAAGUGCUGGUUACCACCCCAGGGAACAUUUCCUGUUUCUGGCUUUUUAAACACAGCUCCCUGGAUUGCCAGCCCCAUUUUGAUGUACAAAACAGAGGCAUUGUGUCCAUGGUCAUUUUGAAAAUGACAGAGACCCAAGCUGGAGAAUACCUACUUUUUAUUCAAAGUGAAGCUACUAAUUACACAGUCUUGUUUACAGUGAGUAUAAGAAAUACACUGCUGUACACAUUAAGAAGACCUUACUUUAGAAAAAUGGAAAAUCAGGACGCACUGGUGUGCAUAUCUGAGAGUGUUCCAGAGCCUGUCGUGGAAUGGGUACUCUGUGAUGCACAGGUCGAAAGCUGUAAAGAAGAAAGUCCAGCAGUUGUGAAAAAGGAGGAAAAGGUUCUUCAUGAAUUAUUUGGAACAGACAUAAGGUGCUGUGCAACAAAUGAACUUGGCAAAGAAUGUACCAAGCUGUUCACAAUAGAUCUAAAUAAAACUCCUCAGACCACACUGCCUCAAUUGUUCCUGAAAGUUGGGGAGCCCUUGUGGAUAAGGUGCAAAGCUGUUCACGUGAAUCAUGGGUUUGGGCUCACUUGGGAAUUAGAAAACAAAGCCCUGGAGGAGGGUAGCUACUUUGAGAUGAGUACCUAUUCAACGAACAGAACUAUGAUACGGAUUCUGUUUGCUUUUGUAUCAUCAGUGGGAAGAAACGACACUGGAUAUUACACUUGCUCCUCCUCACAGCAUCCCAGCCAAUCAGCUCUGGUGACCAUCCUAGAAAAAGGAUUUAUAAAUGCUACCAAUUCAAGUGAAGCUUAUGAAAUUGACCAGUAUGAAGAGUUUUGUUUUUCUGUCAGGUUUAAAGCAUAUCCACAAAUCCAGUGUACGUGGACUUUUUCUAGAAAAUCAUUUCCUUGUGAACAAAGUGGUCUUGAAGAUGGUUACAGCAUAUCUAAGUUUUGCAACCAUAAGCACCAGCCAGGAGAAUAUAUAUUUCAUGCAGAAAAUGACGACGCCCAGUUCACCAAAAUGUUCACGCUGAAUAUAAGAAGAAAGCCUCAAGUACUAGCCGAAACCUCAACGAGCCAGGCAUCCUGUUCCUCAGAUGGAUACCCGCUACCCUCUUGGACCUGGAAGAAGUGUUCAGACAAGUCUCCCAACUGCACAGAAGAAAUCACAGAAGGAGUUUGGAAUAAAAAGGCUAAAAGAAAAGUGUUUGGACAGUGGGUAUCAAGCAGUACCCUAAACAUGAGCGAGGCCGUGAAAGGGUUCCUGGUCAAGUGCUGUGCAUAUAAUUCAGUGGGCACAUCUUGUGAAACAAUCCUUUUAAAUUCACCAGGCCCCUUCCCUUUCAUCCAAGACAAUAUCUCCUUCUAUGCAACGAUUGGACUCUGUCUUCCCUUCAUUGUCGUUUUAGUCAUGCUGAUUUGUCACAAGUAUAAAAAGCAAUUUAGGUAUGAAAGUCAGCUGCAAAUGGUGCAUGUGACUGGCUCAUUGGAUAACGAAUACUUCUACAUUGAUUUCAGAGAAUACGAAUAUGAUCUCAAAUGGGAGUUUCCAAGAGAAAACCUAGAGUUUGGAAAGGUACUAGGAUCAGGUGCUUUUGGAAAAGUGAUGAAUGCAACAGCUUAUGGAAUUAGUAAAACAGGAGUUUCAAUCCAGGUUGCAGUGAAAAUGCUGAAAGAAAAAGCAGACAGUUCUGAAAGAGAGGCACUCAUGUCAGAACUCAAAAUGAUGACUCACCUGGGACACCAUGAGAACAUUGUCAAUCUGCUGGGGGCCUGCACACUUUCAGGACCUGUCUACUUGAUUUUUGAAUAUUGUUGCUAUGGUGACCUUCUCAACUAUUUAAGAAGUAAAAGAGAAAAAUUUCACAGGACAUGGACGGAGAUUUUCAAGGAACACAAUUUCAGUUUUUACCCCACUUUCCAGUCACAUACAAGUUCCAGUAUCCCUGGUUCAAGAGAAGUUCAAAUACACCACGACUCAGAUCAGGUCUCAGGAUUCAAUGGGAAUUCAAUUCAUUCUGAAGAUGAAGUUGAAUAUGAAAACCAGAAAAGACUGGAAGAGGAAGAGGACUUGAACGUGCUUACACUUGAAGAUCUUCUUUGUUUUGCAUAUCAAGUUGCCAAAGGAAUGGAAUUUUUGGAAUUUAAGUCGUGUGUUCACAGAGACCUGGCAGCUAGGAACGUACUGGUCACCCAUGGGAAGGUGGUGAAGAUAUGCGAUUUUGGGUUGGCUCGAGACAUCCUGAGUGACUCCAACUACGUUGUCAGGGGCAAUGCCCGGCUGCCUGUGAAGUGGAUGGCUCCUGAGAGCUUAUUUGAAGGGAUCUACACAAUUAAGAGUGAUGUCUGGUCAUACGGAAUAUUACUCUGGGAGAUUUUCUCACUUGGUGUGAACCCUUACCCUGGCAUUCCGGUUGAUGCUAACUUCUAUAAACUCAUUCAGAGUGGAUUCAAAAUGGAUCAGCCAUUUUAUGCUACAGAAGAAAUAUACUUCAUAAUGCAAUCCUGCUGGGCUUUUGACUCAAGAAAACGACCGUCUUUCCCUAACCUGACUUCAUUUUUAGGAUGUCAGCUGGCAGAUGCGGAAGAAGCGAUGUAUCAGAACACAGAUGACCCUAUCUUGGAACGUCCUUCCAGCUACCAAAACAGGCGGCCCUUCAGCAGAGAGAUGGGCUCAGAGCCUCCAUCUGCACAGGCUCAGGUUGCAGAUUCAUAGAGAAGCAAGUUAAGUCCUCAGGACUUAACUUACACCUUACACCACCUUAAACAGGCUGUAGAUUACCAAAACGACUUUACUUUCAUCACUAAAAAAAAAUAUAUUACCAGCUGCUGCUUCGCUGGACUUUUCUCUAGAAGCUGUCUGCCAUUACUCUCGUUUUCAAAGGGACUUUUGUAAAAAUUGAAUCAUCUAGUGUGCAAGGCAGGGAGAGCCCUUGCCCACCUUCCAAAGACCGUGCCAGGCGUGAGUGCAAAUCGCGUGCCUGAAGUCCAGUAUCUUCUUGUAAAUACAUAAAACAGAGCGUUUUGCUAAGAAGAAGCUAAUAUGAUUUUUUAAAAUCUGUUUUAAAAUAAUAUGUAACUUUUUCAGCUAUUUAGUGAUAUAUUUUAUGAAUGGAAAUAAACUUUCUACUAUAGAAAUAUCGCUGUUGAAUUAUUUACGUGAGAUAUUUGGUAUAACACUUACCUGGAGUUCAUGAAGUUGUGCAC